AUUCUCUUGUUUUCUCUGUUGUUGCUCGAUUAGACACUUAACCAAAGAGAAAAUAACGCUCGCGUGCUUGCGUCUGCGUUUAGAUCUCAAACGCGCUGUGUGCUUCCACCACCACCAUCUUACACAAAAAACUGAGAGAAGAAAAGCAAUGAAUCGUUGAACCACCCUCGCCUUGAAUGCAACUCUCAUCAACGUCGUCUCACACCUCUCUACAAUCCUCAAUCAAGGAUAAGAAGAGGAUCUGAAUUAUGAAGUUGGAUUAGGUGUGGUGAUUACAGUGGGUAGCAAGAACGGAGUGGAUCGGAAAAUGGACAGGAGUAAGAGCCGUACCGAUCUACUCGCAGCUGGCAAAAAAAAGCUUCAACAAUAUCGUCAGAAGAAGGAUAAUAAAGGUGGUAGUAGCCGUGGGAAAUCAUCAAAAAAGUCUUCCAAAAAUCAGCUACCUGAAUCUGAUGCUGAUGCUGCCAGUGUUACCUCUACAGGAUCGUCUCAGGUUACCGAUGGAAAUGUUGAAACCAACAGUGAUUCCAAUGUUGUUAUCACUGAACCAAUAGAAUCACAGCCUUUGGGAAGCUCAACAGCCGCUGACAAUGUUGAUCCAUCUGUUGAUUCUUCGUCAGUGGGCAAGACAUCUGAUACAGGUGAGGAAACUGAUUUGGAUUCUAAUGCUAAGUUGGCACUUCAGGGCCGUGGGGUCCAUGAGAAGGAUUCUGAAUUGUCUGCCCAAGAUCAAGGAGGGAGUUCUCAGAAUAUUGGUGCUAAUGUGGCAAAAGAUGCGUCUUUUACAAGUUCAUCGGCUCCUGACAAUGUUGAUCCAUCUUUUGAUUCAUCAUCAGUGGUCAUGACAUAUGAUACAAGCCACAAAACUGAAUUGGAUUCUAGUGAUAACUUAGCACUUGAGGGUCAUGGAGUCCAUGAGAAUGAUUCUGAAUUGUCAGCCCAAGAUCAAGGUGUAAGCUCUCUGAAUGUUGGCGCUGAUGUAGCAGAUGUUUCUUUGAGAACUCCAAAUAGUGAAGGAGGAACAACACACGAUCAUGCAUCCAAACCUGUUGAUCUUUUGUCCCCGCAUGCUUCUAUUACAACUGCAGUGGAUGAGUCUAUCACAAUUGAAAAAGAGAGUGAAGAAAAGGAAAGAUUGUUGCCUUUAUCUGAAGAUAUUUCCAGUACAUAUGUGGUGCAAACGAGAGAAGAUCAGGUAACAAAUUUAGGGGCAAUGCAGGAAGCUGAUGAUUUGGAUAUGGCGAAAUCUUGUCAAAGCACUGAUGCAAUUAUAGAUGAUCAAAAGGAUAUUCCUUUGUUUGAAGCCAGUGAGGGUGACCAGUCUCUUUCAGGAAUUACUACGGAGAAUACUAUAAUCAAGGAGGCAUCUCAUGAAGCGGAACAACUAGACAGGCCAGUGGAAUUAUUCUCGUCUCUUGACAUUGUGUCAGAUAAGCAUUCAGGUUCCAAUAAAGGCCAGCAAUGUACUCUUGUUGUAUCUGCAGCUGAUGAUUCCACUCACGAGUUGUCAACCAGAGCUUCCACCAGAUUGUUUGAUCUCUCUCCUAUUUCUGAUGCGAGCUCAGUUAAUCUUUUGCAGUUAGCUGAAUUUAUAAGAGGGCUUAAUGAAGAAGAGUACCAGUUUCUGCUCAAGGCAAGAGGAUCAUUUUCUGAUGCAGAUCCAUUAACUAGUAGUUCAGUUCUACCAAACCAUGACUUUUCAGAAGUGUUCCAGAGACUGAAAGAAGAAUUGUUUCUUGCUCAUAUGAUGCAAAAUAUAUUCAGUAUGCAGCUAGCUGAACAACUGGACCUCCAAUUGGAAUAUGAUUAUCACCGUCACCAGUUGAUUGGUGAACUAUCGCAGCUCCGUGAUUCACGCAAUGAAGUUAAUGAGAACAAUCAACGGCUUAACGAAGAACUUGCUAACUGCCGUGUAGAACUACAGAAUAGUUCUAGCAAGAGUGUAGAACUACAGAACCAAUUUGAUACUGCAAUGACAGGGAUUGAAGCUCUUUCUGCCAGAUUAGUUGAGCUGCAGAUUAAUUUUGAAAUGUCUCAGAUAGAUUCAUUGGAUCUAUCCACAGAGUUGGCCGACUGCAGAAGUUUGAUCUCAAGUUUACAGGAUGAAAAGAAGGGUGUGAGCGAAACUCUUGAUUUGGUGAUUUCUGAGAAAAAUAAACUUGCAGAGGAGAAGGAGUUUAACCUCUGUGAAAGUCAGAAGCUGGCAACUGAAUUGUCUGGCUUAAAGAGUUCAAUGGAAGCAGUAGAAGUCGAAAAUUCCAACUUAAUUGACAGGAUCUCUUUGGUGACUGAAGAGAGCAAUACGUUCAAAGCAGAAAUCAAUCAUCUCUUGCAAGAGAUCGAUAGAGUUUCAUUAGAUUUGGUUGAAAAUAAAGAUUUGGUGGCAAGUCUACAGAGCGAAAAUUCCAAUUUAAAUGGGAACCUUCAAUUGUCAGUCGAUAAGAUUAAAAAUCUGGAAGAUGAGAAUCUAUCUGUUGUUCUUGAGAAUCAAAGGCUCAAUUCUCAGAUUGUUUCCAUACAAGAACAGUUAUCUAUAGAAAAGGGAGAACGGAUGAGAUUUGAAGAUGACCUUAAAGAAGCCACAACGCACUUGGAACAACUUUCCAAGAAAAAUGUAUCACUUAAUAGCACUUUAGAUGAGCACAAGGUUAAAAUAUCAGAAAUUGCAGUUACUAAAGAUUCUCGGCAGAUAGGUCAGGGGCUAGAUGAUGGUGCAGCAGGGGGACCAUUUGAAAAUAUACCCGAACAAGAAAUUUUCAACGAUUCUCUUGGGUUUGUUUCAUUGACGACUGAUUUGAAUGAGGUGGAGAAUGUUUUGGUGAAGCUUGAAAAGGCAAUUGAUAAGUUGCAUUCUCAAUCACUAAUCUCUGGCGGGACUGCUGAGAAAGUUUCUUCACCUGUGGUAUCAAGAUUGAUACAGGCUUUUGAACCAAAAGUAAAUGAAACUGAGCAUGAGGUAGAGUUAAGUGUUUCAACUGAUGCUCAGUCACAAUCAAACUCAUUUAUUAAGUUAACCAAAGAGCAAGUAGGAAACUUGAGAAAAUUGCUAUCAAAGUGGAAGCUGGAUGUUCAGAGUGCAGAUGCAUUGUUCAAGGGGGAACGAGAUGGUAGGAAAAUUGGGGAUGCAAAGUACGGUGAUCUUGAGGGCCAGUUUGAAGGAUUGAAGCAACAUUGUUCAGAUUUGGAAGCAUCUAACGUCGAACUUGCAGUUCAAUAUGAAACAGUUAAACAACUUAUGGGCGACGUUCAAGAAAAGAAAUGUCAUCUUGAAGAAAUCUGUGAAGCUCUAAAGCAAGAAGAUAUUCACCUCAAAGCCAAAAAUAGUGAACUCUAUGACAAGCUUGGAUAUUGUCAUUCAAAAAUGAUUGAAUUGCUUACUGAAAUGAAUGAUGUAAAACUAAGUUCGAAUGAGAUGGCUUCUGUUAUUGGCAGUCAACUGGAAAAUUUGCAGAAGGAGGUGACAGAGAGGGCGGUGCUACUUGAGCAAGGCUGGAAUACUACUAUUGAUGAGAUUGCUAAGUUAGUUACGAAGCUGAAUGAAUCAGUUGGGGAAGCAUCACAUACAAUGGUCUCUUAUUACACCCAUGAUGGUUUGCAUAUCAGUCAUUUGUUAGAGGUUUCUGUAAGUGCUGCCACUGAAAUGAUUUUUGGUCUGCAGAAGAAACUUGAAGCUUCUAAUGCAGAUCAUGAAAUAAUCUCUAUGUCACAUAAAGAAAUGACCACGAAAUGUGAUAAUCUGCUUGAGAGGAAUGAAAUGGCUAUCGAUGUACUACAUAAAAUAUACAGUGACCUGAGGAAACUUAUGUUGAGGAGUGGUUGGUCUUUGGAUGAAGAUAAGAUAGAUGAUCAAAGUGAGGCACUGCCUGAUUUGCUGAAUUAUAAUAAUUAUGAGACCAUCAUGAAGCAUUUGGGGGAUAUAGUGAUCGAAAAGCUGGAAUUGGAGUCUGUUACCAAUAAUAUGAAGUCAGAAUUGGUGCACAAGGAAACUGAAUAUGAAGAAUUGAAGAUAAAGUGUCUUGGUUUAGAUUCUGUUGGAAGGCUAGUUAAUGAUGUUGCAGGUGCGCUGCAUGUGGAAACUCCAAAUAUUGAAAUAAACACAUCGCCCCUUUUGCACUUAGAUUCAUUAGUGUCUAGUCUUGUACAGAAAACCAAAGAGGCUGAAAUCCAGAAUCACGCCACUAAAGAAGAUGAUGUAUCUAAGGAGAUGGAAUUGGAUGAACUGAAAGAAAAAAUGCAUUAUCUAGACAUGCUGCGUCUUGAGAAUGAAAAUGAAAUCUUUGUUCUAAGGGAAAGCUUACAUCAAGCCGAGGAAGCUCUUUCUACUGCACGUUCUCAAUUGCGUGAGAAAGCAAAUGAACUCGACCAUUCAGAACAAAGAGUAUCCUCCAUCCGGGAGAAACUUGGCAUAGCUGUUGCCAAGGGAAAAGGAUUAGUUGUACAGCGGGAUGGCCUCAAGCAGUCCCUAGCUGAGACAUCUACCGAAUUGGAGAGAUGCUCGCAAGAGUUGAAGUUGAAAGAUACAAGACUCCAUGAGCUUGAAACAAAACUUAAGAUCUAUUCAGAGGCUGGUGAACGCGUGGAAGCUCUGGAAUCUGAACUUUCAUAUAUUCGUAAUUCAGCUAAUGCCUUGAGAGAGUCAUUUCUGCUCAAAGAUUCAAUGCUUCAGAGGAUAGAAGAGGUUUUGGAAGACCUAGAUCUGCCUGAGCAGUUUCAUUCGAGUGAUAUAAUAGAGAAGAUUGAUUGGUUGGUUAGGUCAGUUGUUGGCAACUCACUGCCCAUGAAUGACUGGGAGCAGAAAGAUUUUGCAGGAGAACGUUCAUAUUCUGAUGCUGGUAAUGCUGUCGCAGAUUCUUGGAAAGAUAAUAGUCAGUUACAACCAGAUUCAGGGGAUGAUGCAGGUAGGCGUUCAUACUCUGAUGCUGGUUUUGUUGUCACAGAUUCGUGGAAAGAUGAUAGUCAGCAACCAGAUUCAGAGGGUGAUUUUCAAAAAAACUUUGAGGAGUUGCAGAGUAAAUACUACGGGCUGGCCGAGCAAAAUGAAAUGCUGGAGCAGUCAUUGAUGGAAAGAAACAGCUUAGUUCAGAGAUGGGAGGAGCUUGUAGACAAGAUUGACAUGCCUUCACAUUUGCGGGCUAUGGAGAUGGACGAUAGGAUUGAAUGGGUAGGAAGAGCACUUUCCGAGGCUAAUCAUCAUGUAGAUUCUCUGCAGCUGAAGAUUGAAAGAUAUGAAAGCUAUUGUGGAUUGCUAAAUACUGAUCUGGAAGGGUCUCAGAGGAGAGUGUCCACUCUUCAAGAAGACCUUAAAGCUCACACAUCGGAGAGAGAACACCUUUCUGAAAAAAUAGAGGCUCUGAGAAAUGAAUGCGAGAAACUAUCAGUGCAGACAAGGGGAGCUGAACUUGAGAAUGAAAAUCUGCAUGCAGAAAUUACUAGUUUGAAGGAUCAGUUGGAGCAGAAAGCUGAAAUUGAAGAACAGAUUUUCACCAUCGAUGGCAAGAUAAAAAAAUUACAAGACUUAGUUGGUGAUGCUUUGUCAGAAUCUGAAACAGAAUAUCUGGUUUCUGAUGGUGCAAAUAUUGAUUCUUUGGAAGAAUUGCUGAGAAAGCUUAUAGAAAGUCAUGCCAAAAGGGUCUCAGAGGCUCUGAGAAAUGAACGCGAGAAACUAUCAGUGCAGACAAGGGGAGCUGAACUUGAGAAUGAAAAUCUGCACGCAGAAAUUACUAGUUUGAAGGAUCAGUUGGAGCAGAAAGCUGAAAUUGAAGAACAGAUUUUCACCAUCGAUGGCAAGAUAAAAAAAUUACAAGACUUAGUUGGCGAUGCCUUGUCAGAAUCUGUAACAGAAUAUCUGGUUUCUGAUGGUGCAAAUAUUGAUUGUUUGGAAGAAUUGCUGAGAAAGCUUAUAGAAAAUCAUGCCAGUCUUUUAUCAAUGAAAUCUAUGCGUGGUGUUGUACUUGAUGGACAUCAUUCUCAAAAUGACGAUGCUACUCUUCAUGAGGAAAAAAGUAUUGAUAUGCAUGAUAAGGAUCAAGCGGAUAUUGAUAGAUACAAGAAAGAUCUGGAGGCAGCUUUGAGCGAAUUGGAGCAUUUGAAGGAGGAGGGAGGGAGAAAUUUGGAAAAGCAAAUAUCUCUAUCUGGUGAAGUUGAAGCUCUGAGUAAAAGAACUGAGGAGUUGCAAGAGCUUCUUAAUCAGGAAGAGCAGAAAUCUGCUUCUGCAAGAGAUAAAUUAAAUGUUGCAGUCAGGAAAGGGAAGUCAUUGCUGCAACAAAGAGACAGUCUAAAACAAACCAUUGGAGAGAUGAAUGUUGAGAUGGAGCACUUGAAAUCUGAGAUCAACAAACGGGAACACACUAUUGCAGAGCAUGAACAGAAGAUGAGACAGUUAUUAACCUACCCAGAUAGGUUAGAAGCGCUUGAAUCUGAGAGUUCUCUUCUGAAGCAUCGUUUGGAAGAAACUGAACACCAUUUGCAGGAGAAAGAGUAUUCCUUGAAACUGAUUUUGAACAAGCUAGGUGAGAUUGAUGUUGCAGGUGAAGGUCAUAUAAGUGAUCCUGUGACAAAGGUGGAAUGGAUAGGAAAACUGUGUUCUGAUCUCCAUAAUUCCGUCGCGUCUUUGGAACAGGAAUCCAGGAAAUCUAAAAGAGCAUCAGAACUCCUGUUGGCAGAGUUGAACGAGGUUCAAGAAAGGAAUGAUAGUUUUCAGGAGGAGCUUGCUAAGGUGGCUGAUGAACUUGUGGAUCUCAGAAGAGAAAGGGAUUCAGCGGAGGCUGCCAAACUGGAAGCUCUUUCACAUGUUGAAAAGUUGUCUACAUUACACGAGGAAGAAAAACAGAGCCAUUUUUAUGAGCUCGUGGAAUUAAAAUCUAGCAUGAACCAAGUCUGGAAAGGCUUUGGUGAGGUUCAGAAUUUACUGGCUAAGGCUUUUUUCACAGAUUUGGAAUUUUUUCGGAAUGUGGAAGUUGGUCUUGAGUUGUGUAUGAAAGGAUACAAUGCUCCAAAUGUGGUGGAUUCAUCUUCCAGCGAAGAACAUGAUGGUAUUUUAUUCAAGUCACCUGAUAAUAAGACGAGCUCUGUGUAUUCAGAUUCUUGGUCAGAAGUUGGCACAAUUGACCACUAUAAUGAUAAUACCAUUAUUGAAAACUUUCAUCUACUUGGGCAUAAACUGCAAGAGUUUUUGGUGGAGGUCAGCUCUCUUAAGGAAAGAAUACACAUGCACUCCAGUUCGGCACGGGAGCAGGACAAAACUCUGUCGAAACUAAUGAGAAAUAUUCAGAGAGAAAUUACUUCCCGAAGAGAAUCUUUUGAAAAGAUAGAUACAGAAGUUAAUAAACGAGAUCUGCAACUUAUUGCAUUGCGUGGGAACGUUGCCCACCUUUAUGAAUCAUGCAUCAAUUCUGUCACUGUAUUAGAGAACGGAAAAACUGAACUGCUUGAAGAAAAGGUUGAAUUUCCAGAUCAAAGGAUUAACUUGAAAACACCGUCAUUUGAUGAUGAAAUAUCUGAGGAAUGUGUUAAAACCCUGGCUGAUAGACUGCUGUUGGCUGCAAAUGGGUUCGCUAGCAUAAAAACCGAAUUUUUAGAUGCUAAUCAAAAGGAAAUGAAGGCUACUAUAACAAAUUUACAGAGGGAACUUCAGGAAAAGGAUGUUCAAAGAGACAUAAUUUGUGCAGACCUGGUAAAACAGAUUAAGGAUGCUGAAGCUGCUGCAAAACGUUACUCUCAAGAACUUCAUUCUCUUAGGAUGGAGGAGCAUGAUUUGAAAAAACAGGUAGAAGUGAUUGAGGGAGAAAAGAAAAAACAGAUAGAAGUGAUCGAGGGAGAAAAGAAGAUACUUGAGCAGAGAAUCAAGGAGCUGCAGGACAGGCAAGGGAUUGCAGCAGAACUAGAGGAUAAAGUAAGAUCUCAGACUGGUUUGCUGGCUGCCAAAGACCAAGAAAUUGAAUCCUUAAUGCAUGCACUUGACGAGGAAGAGAUACAAAUGGAAGAACUGACAAAGAAAAAUGCAGAACUUGAAAAGGCUGUUCAACAAAAGAAUCAAGAGGUUGAGAACCUUGAAUCUUCUCGUGGUAAAGUUAUGAAAAAGCUUUCCGUAACUGUAAGCAAGUUUGAUGAACUUCACCACCUAUCUGGAAAUCUCCUUUCUGAGAUUGAAAAGCUUCAGUCCCAAUUGCAAGAAAAAGAUUCCGAAAUUUCUUUCUUAAGGCAAGAGGUUACUCGAUGCACUAAUGAUGAUCUCCGUGCAUCACAACUGAACAACCAGAGAAGUCUGGAUGAGAUCGUUGAGUUCUUUAUGUGGGUUGACACAAUUGUAUCUCGAGAUGGGAUGGAUGAUAUACCUCCUGAUGUGAAGAGUGAUGCUCAGGUUCAUGAGUACAAAGAAAUACUUCAGAAGAAGUUGAUGUCUUUAAUAUCAGAGUUAGAGAAUCUAAGGGAAGUUGCAGAAAGCUGGGAUGAAAUGUUGCAAACAGAAAAGAGUAAAGUAGCAGAGUUGAACCAUAAAGCAGAGACGCUUGAGAAGUCCUUGCGUGAGAAAGAAUCACAAUUGAAUUUGCUUGAUGGUGUGGAAGAAGCUGGAAAGGGAAUUGCCUCAAGCUCAGAAAUUGUGGAGGUAGAACCAGUGAUAAAUGAAUGGGCAACAACAGGGACAUUUGUUACACCUCAAGUUCGCAGUUUGCGCAAGGGCAAUAGCGAUUAUGUUGCCAUUGCUGUUGAUGAAGAUCCUGGUAGUACUAGUAGGAUAGAAGAUGAAGAUGACGACAAGGUUCAUGGUUUCAAAUCACUCACAUCAUCCAAAAUUGUCCCAAGAUUUACCAGACCAGUAACUGACUUGCUUGAUGGCUUGUGGGUUUCUUGUGAUCGAACUUUAAUGAGACAACCGGUUUUGAGGCUUGGAAUUAUAAUUUAUUGGACCAUAAUGCACGCACUUCUUGCUUUCUUUGUUGUCUGAUACUCUAAGUUGGCUUCGUAUAAUUAAUUGGCCUUAAAAUCCUCAGCAAGGCAUAAGAGAUGCCAUUUAUAGAUUCGAGAUAUUCGUUUGAAAAAGGAUUCAGUUUAGCUGUACAGUGUCUUCCUUCAACUUGCUUCUUCCUGUUGUGGUUCAGCGAUUAUAAACCAUAAGAAAAUAAAGAUGCAGCUUCUAGAAAGGAUACCAGGCUGCAAUGAAGAAAAUAUGAGAUAGCAGAUUGCUCAAUAUUUGAAGAGCAAAGGAUGAAGAGCCUGCUACGUUCACUAGGAGGUUUGUUUCUACAAAGUUUCUGAUGCAUUUUACAUUGAUCAGAAGAUCAAUACUGUGACUGUUUUUUUUAAGGGAAAGCAAAUUUUGGGUCGUUCAUGUGAACUAGAUAAAUGACUAGUUAGGUAUAGAAAAAACGUAAUUCUUUUGUAAGUUUUUUCUCCCUACUUAGGCAUAAGAAAUUUAAGUUGCCAUUCUUUUUUCAUAGUA